AAUUGCGAGACGCAGAAUCGAAGGAUCCGGUACUAAUUUGGUUAUGUUUUGUAGCGAGAUCUGGCAGUACGUUUAUAAAAUAUUAGUCGUAUCGUUAAAAUUACAACACUCUACAUAACAAAGGAGACAGAAGACAAUCAAGAGCCAGCGUGAUAAUUUAAAAUUUCCAAGUAAUUAUAAUGGAGGAAAUGCAAAAGAAGCUUCAGACUGAAGCUGACACAUUAAGACAGAUUCAUAAAGAGUACAACAAAGUGCUGAAUCAAAGGCGACAAUUGGAUGGACAGUUGAACGAGAACAUUAUGGUAAAGGAAGAAUUAGAACUUUUAAAAGAAGAAAACGAUGUAUUCAAAUUAAUAGGGCCUGUGCUUGUGAAACAAGAUCUGUACGAAGCUAAACAGAAUGUUGACAAGCGUAUCGAUUAUAUUAAAGCUGAAUUGAAUCGAGUGGACGGUUUGAUGUCUACCUUAGACAAGAAACUGGACACGCAAAAAGAUAUAAUAGAUAAAUUACAGCGUGCGUUCCAACAAGCUCAAAUUAAAUCUUCGAUAAACCAAUCAAAAUCAUAAUGUCAUACAAAUACCAGCUUUGCGAACUCAGUUAUAUAAUUAAUAAUGAUAAACAUUUAAAUAACAUUGUUAUGUAUUAGCAAAGUCGCUAUAUGAUAGUGUGUUUCUCAUUUUGUUAAUUUGUGCUUCUACAGAACAAUUGUUGAUGCAAGUCUUUUAUAUUAUGAGCGUUUAAUCAAUUUAUUUUAAUUAAAAAGUAUAUAUAAACUCUGCAUAAUACUUUUUCUUUAAAAUCAGCAUCCUUAUAAUGAUUUUAAUAUAAUUGAUUAUUUUAUGAUUAUUAUAUUAAGAAUAUAUUGAAAAUUAUAUAAUUUUCAUGUUUUGUUGAACUUUAUGUAAAAAAUUGUUUAAAAUCGCAACUUGUAAAGUUGAUUAAAACUAUGAGUGAGAUACUUAUAUAUGUAUUGAUAAAGUUGAAAUGGCCCGCCAAAUAACGUUCUUGUAUACUUUUCAACAUGGCGGCGUAAAAGUACCGCCUGUCUUGAAAGUAAUUCGAGAAUUAUCAAAUAAAUACUCAUUUUAAUUGA